AUAAUAUGGGCCUUUUUGUACAAGCAUGCUAUUCUACAUUCGAUUGGGAAUGCAAAAACAAUUUGUUAAUUUAUUACAGUCCGCAAUUGGAUUUUUUGAAAAGUGUUUUCGGCAAAAAUACACUCAGAAAGGACUGUCCAGCUGGUUUUUCAUUGUUGUGUUGUCUUGUUUGUCUGUGUGAGAGUGAAUGUGAGGCUGAAGCCAUCCCUGACCAUCACUUUGGGAAAGGGAAACAAAUGUAUUGCAAUACAGAACAAACCCAAUGAUUAGUUUACUAAUAGACGCAUGCAAAGAACAUAUUAGGCUUUUCUGCUCUUUUAGCAUCAAUAGGCAUAAAUUAAAUCUGCUAAAAUGUAGAUAGUUAAUUUAGGGUAUGCAGAACCUUCAUCUAAAAAUUAGCUAUUCCAAAAAAGGCCUUGUAAAUUAGGACAAUCCGACUUUCAAAGGAAUUUGGACCUUUUAAGUGUUGCAAAUGACAUCCUGACAUGACGACUAUGAGUGCGACACAUCAACAGCAGGGUUCUUCAUGGGGGACAGUGGACUGUGACUAAAAUUUUUAUUGACUGAAAUUUAAAUGUGAUUGUUCUUUCAGGGUUGUUCUUGUGUUGUGGAGAGACAUCAACUACUAUGAACUAUUCCAGCCUAACCUUCAUUGUUCCACAUUAGGAAAGCACAUUCUCCUGGAGGAGGAGAAGACAAAUGUCAUAUGUGGCCGAAACAUGACAUCUUUUUUGUUGUAAACUGUUUAACAGUACUAACAUGUAUUAACAUUAACACUGUAACACUUGAAGUCAUUCACACACCUGGCAGGGUGUGUCAUCAUUUUAACUUCAGUUUGUUCCACAGGACACUUCUUCAGGAUCCACAGUUUGAAUUGUUGAACUUUUGUUUGAUGUGUCCAGCUUCACAGAUUACUGUUUUCAGAUAACCAUCAUUUGAUUUUACAGGGAACUGCCAAUGCUUUUGGAAGUUGACACAUGGGAAGUACAUGUGUCAAAAGGGGGGAAAAUAUCAUUUUGUUGAGUAAUCAUUGUUAAGAAUUGGACAUGAUAUAUUAUUUUUUGCUAGAAUUGUUUUCUCCAAAACCAAAGUGAGUGAAACAAAGGUAGGUAUGAGUUCUAACAUUAGAGGUUGAUAAUGAUCAGUGAUCAACAGUGUCAUUGACACUCCAUUGAUUGCACAACACACUGAAGACUUUGGUAAGUUACUGUAUCUUGUUUUUUCUUUACUAUACUACUGUAUUUGGUACUUUGCCUUCCAUAGUGCCAAUGGUCAUGCUAAUGAGAGCAAAUGGUUCAUUGAAACCCAAAUUUCCAGCUGUGAGCAAGGAACACUACUACAGUGUGACAAUGUCCAUCUUAAUGCAAAUUCAGACCAGAUGGUGUGUUGGUUUAAAUUCAGUGAAACCUUGUGUUGUUUGGCAAAAACUUAAAUGCAGAGCUGGAUGUUAAAAUUAAAGUUAAAAUAGAUAUUGGUGGCAUGAUGGAAGAGUGGUUAGCACUGCUGUCUCACAGCAAGAAGGUUUGAGAACCUUUCUGUGUGGAGUUUCACGUUCUCCUCAUGCUUACGCUGGCUUUCUCCUGACAAUUUGAAAAUUUUAAGGCUCAUUUACAAUUGACGUCAAUGGCCAAAAUAUGAACAAAGUGUCGUAUUCAGUCAGACACUACAUGAUGGUUGCCUACUGCUCUUAGGUUGCCUACUGUUCUCGAGAUUAGUCAUGUGUAGAGAACACAUCUGACAUGUAUGACGUAGAUGUAAAAUGUUGUGUUGCUCAUUAAUUUCUUUCUAUGUUCUUGGUGGGUGUCGAGUGACCUGACAUCUGUUGGCCCUGGGGGCCAUAGAGAGGACGUGUUGGAGUUCCAGCAGAGGGAAGACUCCACUGUCAGCGUGGUCAUAUGAGAGACCUGCACACAGAUCGGUCAAGACAGAAAGACACUACCUAAACAGAAUGGAAGAAAUGUCCAUGACGCACUCAACCUUCUCAACUGCGUGUUUGGAUGGAGUCCACGAGUUUGCACCGCAAACUCCGGCAACCUAAGAACGAGUGCUUCAAUCAAGAGGACUGGCUGGCUGACUGACUGAUUGAAUACAACAUGGUAGAACAACAGCAAGCCAUCAAAAGAGGCACAAGGACUUUGACAUGAUUCGCCAAUCUAACAUCUCAAAUCAUACACAUCAUGUUUACCACAUCGUUGAUGUCAUACGGACAGCAUCUACCACAAAAGUUGAAGACAAACACUUUAAGACACCUGGACAUCCAUUCGUCUUUUUCCCAUGUCGCUUAUUCUCACUGGGAUUGCGGGUAGGCUGGAGCCUAUCCCGGUUGACUUUGGGCAAGAGGAUGCACUGACUGCCAACCAAUCACAUGGCAGACACCAAAUAUCAAAAUGAACUGACUGUCGAUCAACACCUGCACCAUCUAUCACAACAAUUGAACACAUUAUAACACAGUUUUCCACAUUCCUAACUUUCAUGAUGAUUAAUUUACUGACAACCCUGAUCUGAUGUUUGUUUAUCUGUAAAUGUACUGUAAUUCGUGAUUAAUUAAUAAUCAAAAGGGAGGAGUGUGAUGGAAAAUUUUAUAUUUCACAGGUAUAACUUAGGUUACACAUUGUGUGAAUUACUUUAUUGCCUUUUGAAGAGCUUCGACAUUUGCAUCCGAGCACAUCCUGCUGUCCCUUCAAAGAUGGUGGCACAGCAGGAGGCUAUCUGUAACCUGGGGUUAGGGGCAGUGUCGGAGGAGGUCAUUCUUUGAUCAAAGCUUUACCUUCAUGGGACAGGGGACAUCAAGAGGUCCCACCAAAUGGUUGACCCUAGGAGGUUCUCUCGCAUGGGUGUGACAAACGGUGCCAGAAGAUUGGGUGUGUAGACUAACCCCCAUACAUGAGGGUGGCAUUGGGGGAGUGACAUGAAUGUCUCUUUUCUAUUGUAAUGUAAUUCAUUUGCAUGCUAUGGAGUAUAAAAGUUCCCGCCAAGAGACCACUCUUGGCCAGACACCUACAGACCGCCAUGCAUACUGUGUGUUGUCUGACCCCUUUGUUUUGCAAAGGUAAUAAAAACUGCCAGAGCUAUGUAUUUAUUUCAGGCAUUCUCUAUCCUACUUAGGAUGAUAGAAAUUUUUUCCACAACACUCAACACAAGGCUGUACCCCACGCCAUCGUAAGACAACCCUGAACCCCAACAUCACUUCCUGGUCCCCUAUAGCACCUGCAUACAAUUGCAACAACACACACCCGUAUGAGUACUGUAGUACUAGUACUUUAAAUGGCAUAUUUUGUUAUUGUGUCGACUAUUUUGGAAUGUAAAGGUGUAUAUAGGGUUGUUAUUUCAUAUCUAGAGGGCUCUAAUAAUGUUAAACUGUAUUUAGGCCAUUAAUAGUUAUCCGAUAAAUGAGGUAUUACAGUACUAGUUGUAUGCGGUGUAACUCGGGUGUUGUGGGUGGGCUCCAAAUACAUGCUAAUAGUUAUCAGCAAAUAGUAAUACCAGUUCCUUUUGACCCAACUAAAUAUGGCGGAUAUGACAGCACCCUUAUUUUUCCCCAUCAGUAACCCAACCCGAUGCCGUUGACUGACAAGCCGUACUUUUCCAGAAGAAGUUCCACAGUGCAGGUGAGUCCCAAGUGCGCCCAUGGGGGGGGGUUUGGAGAGGCGUGAUUCAGCGGCGGCGAGUGGGCGCUCGUGUACAAAAACAGAGGAGAUAAUAACACGCUGUCGAAACAUCUCCCUGUUGGCUGUGGAUACAGUCACCGAGCCAGCUGUGAGCUGUUAGGCAUGGAGUGCGACUGGACCGAACCAUUAAACGACGAUCCCAACCAGCAGAGGUGACGCAAACCCUGGCUGGGUGCUCCAUGUGAUCCACUUCCACGCACCAACACACCAAAAAGAAGACCCCCACUUCACCUUGGGAUGCAGAAGAAGACCACUGCGGCCGCCACCGUGCAUCAUUAGACAGUCAUGGGGGACUCGUUCUUCAACUGCUGUUAUUUCCCACCUCACCCCCCAGGCGAGGAAGAGCUCCCCGGGUCCCGAGUGCACAACGACAGCAGGAUGGCCUCCCACCCGGGUCACAUCCCCCCGAACAAGCGCUUCCUCAUCAUCUUCGACUUUGACGAGACCAUCGUGGACGAGACCAGCGACGACAUGGUGGUGCAGACCGCCCCGAGUCAGCACCUCCCCAGCUGGCUGAAGGACACCUACCAGCCGGGCCGCUACAACGACUACAUGCAGCGUGUCCUGGCCUACCUGGCCGAGCAGGGCGUCACCGAGAGCGACAUACGCGGGGUCAUGGAGAAGUUGCCCGCCACACCCGGCAUGCUCACGCUCUUCCAGUUCCUCCGCAACCGGCCCUCGCACGACUUCGAAGUCAUCCUGGUGUCGGACGCCAACACCUUCUUCAUCGAGUCGUGGCUGAGACGCGCCGGGGCGCGACCCCUCUUCCAUCGCAUCUUCAGCAACCCGGCCACCUUCAACAGGGACGGCCGCCUGGUCCUGAAGGGCUUCCACACCCACGAGUGCCAGCGGUGCCCAGAGAACAUGUGCAAGCAGGCCAUCAUCCGGGAGUAUGUGAGUCGCCGUACGCAGGAGCGAGGACGCCCCUACCAAAGGGUCUUCUACGUGGGGGACGGAGCCAACGACUUCUGCCCGGCACUCGCACUGGGGCCCCGGGACGUGGCCUUCCCGCGGCGAGACUUCCCCAUGCACCGACUCAUCACGGAAACCCACGAGUCCAUGCCGGGGGAGUUCAAGGCGGUGACGGUGCCCUGGACCACCGCGGAAGACGUGGUGCAGCGGCUGAGGAAGAUAGUGACCGAGUAGGGAGGUUCAGUGGCAACUUUGAAGGCAAUAAUUAUAUUAACGUCGUGCAAAAUGUUUUCAAUUCAAUUACUUUUCACAAAGUGCACUUUUCCAUGUACUAAUCUCUGCAAUAUUCUUCAAGAAGGUGCUUUAUCUUGAAAUGUACUGUAUGUCUUUUUAUGUCGGAAGUCUUUUUGUGUUUACUCUGUUGGAGCAAACUAUUACCAGCAAAAGGAAUA